AUGGCCACUCACAUUCUCGCUUUGAUCCUCAAAAGCGACGCAUCCGACAAUAGCGAGUUCAUCCUUGUCAGGCAAACUCCCCCUCCCAAAUUCAACGAUGAAGAAUACGAUUCUUUGUUGGAUUCUGAUCUGUGGGACUUGCCGUCGACCAAGCUCAACCGUCUGGAAGCUGUACUGGAGCCUGGAGCAGUGAUCGAAGGUCUCCAGUCGUUCUCUGAGACGAUCGAUUUCAGGAACUUUGACCUCGACGCUGCUAUUGAUAGAGUGCUGGGGCAAGUAGGUUUCAAGGUGAGCGAUAUUGGAGCGUGGAGGGUUUCGAAAUUCGUAGUGGAACCUGAGUUUGGCCCUGGUUUGCCCGUUCGUACCAUCUAUAUAGUUGGCGAGUUAACUCGGGGUGACUCUGACUUACCAGAUCUCUGCAAGUGGAUGUCUGUAGAAAGCUGUCUGAGUUUACUUCAUGAUGUAAAACCGGGUAAUGUUCGUGUUGGGACCUUAGCCGCAGUGGGUCUUGUAAAUGAAUCAUCACGGUUGUCAGGGAAGAAAGUUCACACAAACCCUCAUUACCAGGAGUACCCUCCAGGGGUAAUUCUCGUCCCAAUGAAAAGUAGGACAGCAAAACCUUUUCUUACAACAAACAUGAUUAUAUUUGCACCUGCAAAUGUUUCUGGUGAAUUCAAGGACACUAGUUCUGCUAUAUCUGGAGAUGUUUUGAUAGUGGAUCCAGGGUGCCAUACUAAUGUUCAUGAGGAGCUACUGAAAAUUGUUGCUGCUCUUUCCGGAAAAUUAAUCGUCUUUGUGACUCAUCACCAUCCUGACCAUGUUGAUGGUCUCUCUAUAAUCCAAAAAUGCAAGCCUGAUGCUAAGUUAUUAGCACACGAGAACACAAUGCGAAGAAUUAAGAGAGAUGACUGGUCCCGUGACUAUACUUCAGUUUCUGGAGGAGAAGACAUUCUCAUUGGUGAUCAAAGAUUGAAAGUUGUUUUUGCUCCGGGGCACACAGAUGGUCAUACGGCACUGCUUCAUGUCAAUACUCAUUCGUUGAUUGUAGGUGAUCAUUGUGUGGGUCAAGGAAGCGUGGUUUUGGACAUCACAUCUGGUGGAAAUAUGACGGACUAUUUCCAUUCAACUUACAAAUUUAUUGACCUGUCUCCCAACAUUUUGAUUCCGAUGCAUGGGAGAGUCAAUUUGUGGCCAAAGAACAUGCUCUGUGGUUAUCUCAAGAACCGUCGAAGUAGAGAAGCUUCGAUAUUGAAAGCUAUAGAGAUGGGAAGCAAGACACUGAUUGACAUAGUCGCUAAAGUAUAUUCUGGAGUAGAUCGAGCUUUUUGGAUUCCUGCUGCAUCAAAUGUGAGGCUUCAUGUGGCUCAUUUGGCUGAGCAAGGCAAGUUGCCUGAGGGGUUUUCAAUGGAAAGGUUUGAAAAGAGCUGCGGGGCACAUUUCUUCUCGAGAUGGGCAUUGAUAUACCUCACCACUGGUGUUUCAUCAUUCUACAGAAAGUGCAGCACCCCGCAAUUACUUAUUGCUGGAGCAGUGGCUGGCUUUGCUCUCACCUGCUCUAUAAGGAACAAGUUCAUCUCCAAAUAG